AUGCAGCAGCAAUCAACUCUCUCGACCUCGGUUUUAUACUCAACGCCAACGCCAAUACCUAUAAUAGCUGGUGCUCAGGAGGCUUUUCGAGAUACUUCUUUACAUCGAGUAACUAGUGUUCAAUAUGCGGGGGCCGCUACGAUCAUUAGAGCUAGCGAUAAUGCUCAACUCCAGUCCAGUAAUGAUUCAACAAUAAAUGGCGUUGUGAUAGGACUUUUGAGUUCAUUUGGUUCGGCCAUAUUGAUAGCGUUCAUCUUUUUGAUUGUCUAUUUCUUCAGGUACACAAGUAGUGGAAGGAUUUUACUGGAUCGGAUCGGGAGACCGGGAGAGUAUGAUGAUGAACAGGCUUUCGCAAAGGAAGAGGCGGAAGCUUUGGAGGAGAUGGAUGAUUUACAAAGAACUGAAUACUUGAGAGCCAAAGCAUUCGUACAAUCAAACCCACCCGAUUCAUUACCAACCGACAUUUCUUUAUCGCAAUACUUGGCAAUUCAGGAAAAGGGAGUAUCGGCUUGGGAAUUUGAACCAGAAUUGGAGAUUGCGAAUUGUUUUGUAGAAGCUAGGACGGAAAUCGAGUUCUUCGAUAGCGAAUGUUGCACUCUUACGAAUCUACCAGUACCAAAACAGAAUGAGGUUUACUAUUGGGAAUCUAAGAUAUACGAUAAGCCGGAAAAUACACUCAUUAGCAUUGGAGUAGCUACAAAGCCCUAUCCUUUGUUCAGAUUACCAGGGUGGCACAAGUAUUCCGUUGCUUAUACCUCUACUGGACAUCGAAGAUAUAAUCAACCUUUCAGCGGACCAGUAUACGGACCACAAUAUGUCCAAGGAGAUGUUAUCGGAGUAGGAUAUCGACCUCGAACUGGCACAAUUUUCUUUACUCGAAAUGGAAAGAAACUCGAAGAUGUAGCACAUGGUCUCAAAUCACAGAAUCUUUUCCCGGCAGUUGGCGCGAAUGGUCCUUGCACAGUACAUGUCAACUUUGGACAAUCCGGAUUCGUUUUCAUCGAAGCAAAUGUCAAGAAAUGGGGUUUAGCCCCCAUGACAGGUAGUCUUGCUCCUCCACCUCCCUAUGGUAGCGAACAAGGAAGCAUUCUUUUAGAGGCUGGACGAGAUGGCGCACAGAGUAGUAAUGACCAUUACCUACCAGAUACACGACAUGGUCGAACUCGAAGUGGAAAUUUUAGGCAUGGUCCACCUACAAGUCCUGGACCAAUACGAUCACCCACAGAUAUUUCAUUAGCUCAACUUACACAUAUUCCUUCACAUGAAGAACCCGGCGAGGCAUCAAAUAGUCCUACACCAGCACCAACAGGGGGUGCUAAUACACAAACUGGAUUGGGAGUUCACGACAACGCACAACCUCCUCCAGAAUAUACAAGCCCUUUACCUUCAGCAACAGCAAGUCCUCGAGGAAGCACAGAUAGUGAAAGAACUCCAAUGUUACGAAGGAAACUCACACCACCACCUAUACCAAGUUAUAAUGACGCAGUAGCGCAGCGAAAUCGAAGUAAUAGUCAUCGAGAUCAAAGUGCCAAUCGUCGAGAAAGAAGUGAUAAUCAUCGAGCUCGGCAUGGGGAUGGAAGUCCUUGA